GCUUUAUAUUCAGACGACCUUGGAUAAAUAGCGAGUAUAUGGAGGGCAUCAUUCGUCUUCCCAGGUAUAGGGCAACGGAGCAUAGACAUGCAACAGAGGGCCCGAUACUUCACAUUCAAGGCAGGUGGAAUGAAUACGAGAUGUUGCGUGGGUUGCAGACGCCUCGAUCAAACCACCUCGUGGCAGUGUCCAAUCAUGAAUGUAAAUGGGAGACUUGUUGCGCCCAUCACCUCUGUGUCCGGCGAGAUUGUCCAUGUCGUGUUGAUUUGGAGUGUGGUUACUCCGUGAAGAAUAGUGUUCGAACUACUUCCUGAAUGCAUCCUCGUAGCUCCGCGGAUCUUUCUUGGGAAGUGGCCUGUUGCAUAAGGUACCUCUUCCUUCUCGCGGCUCGCCCAUUUCUUGGUUUGCUCAGUGUGCCUUUAAAGCUGCGAGUUUGUCUUGAGGGGUGCGGUACGCGGGAUCAAUGAGAUCUACCUCGCGAGUCGUGAUCUCCGUGUGGGAUCGUUCAGGACGAACCAAGCUCGAAGCUCGACUCGACGCAAAUUGACUCUGUAGGCCGGAAGAUUUCGAUCAGGCGCGAAACAGGCCGAGGCGAUUAUUACUGCCGCGUCUGAGGGCGGCGCACACGCGAUGUCCCUGUUCAUGGCCUUGAAAGUAGAGAUAGGGACACAGUAGAUGACCGACGGGAAAUCCAGACCGAUGACAGGCUUUCGAAAGGGUUAGAUAGACGUCCAUCACCGCCAAAUCGAGGUUGACUGCGACGAUCGUGCGAGAGCAUGUUGCAAAACCUAGCUCAGCGGU